UCUCUCAGUCUAAAGAGCACUCAGUGUCUGUGCUUCCCUUCAUUUUCCACCCCAACAUGUUGGCAGGGGAAGAAAGAGGAGGAUGCUGCGCUCCACCCUUGGUGCGUUCCUGCCACCUCUCCGGUCAGCGCACAUUGCCUCUGACUCAGACUCAGCUUUCAGUUGUUUCCACCUAAAGGACUUAAGAGAGGAGGACCCCAAGAACAACCUGGAGCUGAGGAGCUCUCAGUCCACAGUCUCCAGCAGGAGCAACAACAGAGGAACAGCACAGAGCAACAACUGCUCCUCUUCUGUGAUGGAAACUGUUAAUACCUCAGCAGGGAUCCCCUCCUCUUCCUCUUCUGGUUUCCCUCCCUCCUUUUCUUUACUCACUGCUCCAAGGUCCAUGUGGCAAGAGGCAAUAAGGAGGAAGCGCUACCUCCUUGAUCGGACAGGAGAGACUGGUGAAGUGGAUAAAGGAGGAGGUGGUAGAGAGAAACGGAGCAGGUCCCCGGACUGGCUCUAUGAAUCCUACUACUGUAUGAGCCAGCAGCAUCCUCUCAUUGUGUUUCUGCUCCUCAUUGUGAUGGGAGCCUGCCUGGCUCUGCUGACUGUGUUCUUUGCUUCAGGGCUGAAUGUUGCAGACCACGUGGCCUUUGUAAUCACUGUACCCACAGCACUGGCGAUAUUCCUGGCGGUGUUUGUCCUUGUCUGCAUUGAGUCCAUCUUCAAGAAGCUUUUACGUGUUUUUUCCCUGGUCAUCUGGGGCUGCUUGGUUGCCAUGGGUUAUCUUUUUAUGUUUUCUGGAGGAAUCAUCUGUCCCUGGGAUCAGGUGUCGUUUUUCCUAUUCAUCGUGUUUGUUGUUUACACCAUGCUGCCCUUCUCGAUGCGGGAAGCCAUCGUUGCCAGUGUUCUGACCUCCGCCUCUCACACCGUUGUGCUGAGUGUUCACCUGUCCAUGGUUUCGGAUCAAAUGGAGCCUGUGGUGUGGCAGAUAUUGGCCAAUGUGAUCAUUUUCAUGUGUGGGAACAUGGCUGGGGCGUACCACAAGCACUUGAUGGAGCUCGCACUCAAACAAACUUAUCAAGACACCUGCAACUGCAUCAAAUCCCCAAUAAAGCUGGAGUUUGAGAAGAGGCAACAGGAACGCCUCCUGUUGUCUCUGUUGCCAGCACACAUUGCCCGUGUGAUGAAAGCUGAGAUCAUUCAGAGACUAAAAGGUCCAAACUUUGGUCAGACUGAGAACACAAACAACUUUCACAAUCUCUAUGUUCAGAGACACACUAAUGUCAGUAUCCUUUAUGCUGAUAUAGUUGGAUUCACUCGGCUGGCAAGUGACUGCUCACCAGGAGAACUGGUGCACAUGCUGAAUGAACUUUUUGGCAAGUUUGAUCAAAUUGCAAAGGAAAAUGAAUGUAUGCGCAUUAAAAUCCUUGGUGACUGUUACUACUGUGUCUCCGGCCUACCUGAGUCACUGCCAGACCAUGCCAAGAACUGUGUGAAAAUGGGUCUGGAUAUGUGUGAAGCUAUCAAAAAAGUGAGAGACGCCACAGGAGUUGACAUCAAUAUGCGUGUUGGCGUGCAUUCUGGGAAUGUUCUGUGUGGUGUUAUUGGACUUCAGAAAUGGCAAUAUGAUGUCUGGUCACAUGAUGUCACGUUGGCCAAUCAUAUGGAAGCAGGAGGUGUACCGGGACGAGUCCACAUUACUUCUGUGACACUCGAGCACUUGAAUGGGGCAUAUAAAGUGGAGGAUGGGGAUGGACAAGAAAGAGACCCCUACCUCAAGGAACAUGGGGUCAUCACCUAUCUGGUUAUCAACCCUAAGGUGGAGCGUUGGAGCCCGCAGAAUCAUUACCGACCUCGCCACAUUCACUACGGAGCAAAGAUGAGAGCUUCAGUUAGAAUGACCCGUUACCUGGAGUCUUGGGGAGCAGCCAAGCCCUUUGCGAACCUUCACCACAGAGACAGCAUGACUAAUGAGAAUGGGAAGAUCAGCACUGCAGAUGUACCCAUGGGACAGUAUCACUUUCAGAGAAGAUCAGAAAGGACAAAGUCUCAGAAGAAACGGUUUGAAGAGGAACUUACCGAGAGGAUGAUAAGGACAUUUGAUGGGAUAAAUGCACAAAAACAGUGGCUAAAGUCAGAAGACAUUCAGAGAAUAUCCCUGUUUUUUCACAACAGAUCAUUGGAGAAGGAGUACCGAGCAACAACUUUGCCAGCUUUUAAAUACUACGUCACCUGCGCAUGUUUAAUCUUUUUCUGCAUUUUUAUCGUGCAGGUUCUCGUCUUACCCAAAACCACUGUUUUGGGAAUAUCCUUUGGGUUGGCCUUUCUGGUCCUGUUAUUUAUCCUCUUCAUAUGCUUCAUUGGACACGUUCUUCACUGCAGCAAAAGUGAAUCUACUUCGUGGUUGUGGCUGCUGAGGUCAUCAGUUAUUAUCGCCAACAAGCCAUGGCCCCGCAUCUCCCUCACCAUGACAACCACAGCUCUAAUACUCAUAAUGGCAGUCUUCAACAUGUUUUUUUUGGAUAAAAGAGCAUCGCCUCCAGUUUUCAACAAUUCAUCCAAUGAGACACUUUUUUAUUCAAAUGACCAACAAGUCCCCUUCAUAGGAAAAAACAAUUUCUACCUUCCAUAUUUUAUCUACAGUUGUAUCCUGGGCUUGAUCUCCUGCUCCGUGUUUCUAAGGAUAAACUACGAGCUGAAGAUGAUUAUUAUGCUCUCAGCAGUGGUGGUUUAUAACGUUAUUAUUCUCCAAACACAUUCCUCUCUGCUAGAUGAAUACAGCAGGUUUUUGUAUAAGACAGAGAGUCUGGACAGACCAGGAGUUCUCAAAAACCUGAAAACUAUGGGUUCCAUCUCACUUUUUAUCUUCUUCGUCACUCUGCUCGUUCUUGCCCGACAGAAUGAAUAUUACUGUAGGUUAGACUUCCUCUGGAAAAACAAGUUCAAGAAGGAGUGUGAGGAGAUUGAAACUAUGGAAAACCUCAACCGGGUUUUGCUGGAGAACGUCCUGCCUGCACAUGUUGCAGAACACUUUUUGGCUCGCAACUGGAAGAAUGAGGAUCUGUACCACCAGUCCUACGAUCUGGUCUGCGUCAUGUUCGCCUCUAUCCCAGACUUUAAGGAGUUCUACACUGAAUCAGACGUCAACAAGGAGGGACUAGAGUGCCUCAGGCUCCUCAAUGAAAUUAUUGCUGACUUUGAUGAGCUGCUUUCCAAACCAAAAUUUAGUGGAGUGGAGAAAAUCAAGACAAUUGGCAGCACUUAUAUGGCUGCUACUGGACUUAAUGCAUCAUCAGGACCUGAACACACGUGCCAAGAGCGUGACAGACAGUACAUGCACAUUGGAACCAUGGUGGAGUUUGCAUUUGCCCUGGUGGGAAAACUGGAUGUGAUAAACAAACACUCCUUCAAUGACUUUAAGCUCAGAGUUGGUAUUAAUCAUGGUCCAGUCAUAGCUGGGGUCAUUGGAGCCCAGAAACCACAGUAUGACAUAUGGGGGAACACGGUGAAUGUAGCCAGCAGGAUGGAAAGCACCGGAGUGCUGGGAAAAAUACAGGUGACGGAGGAGACGAGUCUCAUCCUUCUCACUCUGGGAUACAUGUGUUCUUGCCGAGGCAUCAUUAAUGUCAAGGGCAAAGGAGAGCUCAAGACCUUCUUUGUGCACACAGAGAUGACACGCUCACUGUCCCAGGGGAACGUUAUGCCAUAAGAUGGGUUCUGAAUUCUGCAAUUACAUCCUGAUCAGACAUUGAUCUUAGACAGAGGAGCUUUAAUCUACUCAGCUCUGCUGGGUAAAAAUAGACUCGAAGGGGAGGGGAAAUUUGAUGUUACUGUUGCAUUGCAAAUUACCUGUGCCACAGCUGUAGUUAUACGUAGUCACUUAUGUAACCGUAAGUGUAGGGCAUGGACAGCAUGUAGGCCAUUACCUGUGAAAAUAUAUUCGGAUUUGAACGUUUGGAGGUAAAAAAAAAAAAAAAAAAAGGAAAAAUUCUGUAGUGCACAACUGGAUGUACCUGCCUGGUUAGACAGAAAUCAAGAAGUCCAAAUCAGUGUUCGACUUAGACAUGAAAUCAUUUCUGUCCAGCAUGGAUCUUUCUUCAAGUCAGUCAAAUAAAACCAUGGACAGUAUGAGAGAACUGGACUAAGUAAGCCCCUCCCUCUACAUGUUUCAAACAGGAAGUACCCGUCGACUCCAAGAAGCCAAAACCCUAUAGACGUCUAUUGAGAAAUAGACUGAGUGUCUGACUUUCAAGUGGUAGGGGUGUGGACCUCCAACAUGCUCAUCCCUGAUUGGCGGGAGUGGUUGCCAUAGAAACAAUGACUCAGAACACUGAUGUCCUCUGACUCCAACAUGGCGACAUCCGUAUCGCCAGCAAUUUUGUGAUUGAAUUGACUUCCUUUCUUUGGAGCUAGAAGUAAUUUGUUUUCUAAGAGUGAUGUCAUAGUCACUCGGCCCAGUUCUCAUGUACUAUCAACGAUCAAAACAGAUUUCUGUACAGGACUUUUAGAUAACAUACAAGAGGAAAUCCCUCACAAACAGUUGGCUGUGACAACUUUUUUUACAGGUAAUUCAACAGCUGGCAUAAUGAAUGUAGGAAAGUUUGCGUUUCACUCAUAAGUCUUUAGGGCAAUGCAGAAGUUUUACAGAGAACAAAAUAUGUCUUGUUAAAAAACAUGCAAGCAGGCAACAGACUUAGAAUGUGUACAUACAUAACUUCAUCUGUCUUGUUAAAAGCGCAAAGUCUUAGAUAUAUUCUACGGGCAGUUUGGGACUAUAAAAAGGAUAAAGACACAAAAAAAAGGCUAUGAAUAUAUUAUGAUAUUCACUUAAGGCCAAGCUUUCCAAAGUUGCCUUUGCACUUCUAUCAUCUUCCCUGCAUCAUCUGAGCUGUUUAUGAUACACAUGAGGUUAGUAAGCGCUUCGUAAAAAAAAAACUGUCUGGCACAAAUCCAAAAGCAGCUAUGGGAGCUACGCUUACUAAAAGCAUGGGGACCAUCGGAGAGCACAUUUUUCACCUUUUAAAACAACUCAAACGUUUCUUUUCCAUAGCACACAGAGGUCUAAUACAUAGAAUGGAUUCACUUAACUUGAUCCACAAUAUUGCACACAGACUUUGUUGAAAAAUCGUACUGGGCAGUUCAGAAUUGAUUCUGAAGUGAGAUUUGUUUUUGAUUUACUUGUUCUUUUAAUGUUUCAGCAGUUUUAAGAGGUAAAAUAUUCUCUCUGAAUAUUGUUUAGUGUAGGUUUACUUUUUUUCUUCUUUUAGAUAAACCAUACAACCCUAAUUCAAAAUAUUAAAAAACAACUUUUUGUUUUAAUGUCCUUUAAUUUUUAAUUUGAAUUUGUUUCUUGUGAGUUUACAUUUGAAUUUAUUUUUUAGAUUACAUAUAUUUCAUAACAAUCAUGUAACAUUAGGUUACAUGAUUGAGGCCAAUAUUUACUUUCAUGCGUCUGGAUGGAGUCCACCAAUUCACUCCACUGUUCAAAGAAAGCUAUUUUCUAUUGUUUAUUAGAAAGUUCCUUCUAACUUUGUAAGUAAUGUUCAGAAGGAAAAAAAGAACUGAUCUUUGUAGUGGACCAUCAUGCAUUUCAACCUGAUGUCAGCUGCUCCAGAAGUAAAUUAAGCUGACAUGAAAAGGCUUUUUCUGCUAAAGUAACAAUUGGUUAGUCCUAGCCAUUAAAUAUCUCAUCUUCAUUACAUUGUCACAAAUUUAUGGUAAAAUGUUGCUAAACCUUUUCUAAAAUGUGUUUAUAAUCAGCCAGCUACUUUUUUGAGGUACACUAAUGAGUUACAAAAACAAUAAAAAUUGAUUGCAGAGGAGAAAAUUAUUAUUUGUGGUUUGUGCCCGGUCGGAAUUCUAUGACACCAAGUCUUUCAAAUACCAGAAUAGAACUGUGAAAGAAAAAAGCUUGAGCAAGUUUCACCAGAUUUGGACUCCUUUGACAUUUCACACCAAGCCUCUUCCAACUGUAGGUGGUGGACAUGCGCUAAUAAACAGAGGAAGCCCCCUCCGUGCUUGUCCAGGUGUGAAAACCACAUGCUAAACGUGCAUUCAAGAACAUUCAUGAACAUGUGUGUCGGUAACUUUAGAGGUCAGAUCAGUAUAAAUAAUUUGCUCGGUCUAGAUGCUGACUCAACACUUAACGCUUUUUUUUCUCGCAACUCUUGACUCGAUUAAAAUCUCAGAUUUGGCAUAUGAUACUUUUUAUCUAACGUACUUAACAAUUCAGUAAAUAUUUUGACUUACAUUGGAAAUGGAUCAGCGACCAACUUCUUCUUAUACCUUACGUGUCCAGUGGGUGAGUGACUGGACAGCCCAAUGACAGUCCUCAUGUUUACUGCCUCAUUCAUGCGUGACCUUAGAAAACACAUUUAACCCUUGUGCUAUCCUAUGACCCCACCCUUACAUUGACGUGUUAUCCCUACCAUGACAAAGGUGGAUAAAGGUGAAGAGGAUUUCAUCUAAUACAUGGACACCAGUGAAGAUCACAAAUCAUUGAAGAAAAAAGGUUCAACGCACUGUCUAGUGGGGUCCAGAUGACCCAACUCCCAAUGUUAAAGUAGGAUAGCACAAGGGUUACGACAUAUUUGUUGUGAUAUCAUUGGAUGCAGAUGAAUAAAGAUGAUUUUAGUGUAAAUUGUUUUAUUUUGGAAAUGCAAAGCCUGAUCUGUGUACAGGGUAGCUUUAGCGUGCUUACAUUACUGUGAUUUUGUAAGAAAAAAAAUUUUGACCCAAAAAGUGUUUUGAUGAUUCCAUUGUUUUUGUAAAAGCUUAAUAAAAAUUUAUAUGUAUGACAGCGCA